GUGCUUCAUCGCUUCUAUCUCAACCUUGUGCUUCUAUCCCAAGGUCAGCUUCGACUGCCUCGAGCGCUUUUUCAUGCUACAGGUGCUUAUUCUCAAUGGCAUGUUUCUGUUCCUCCCGCUUACUGUAGCGGACGUCACACAGCGGGCAAUGAACUUGACAUGGCACUCCGUGGGGUUCAAGCUUCUAGCUCUCACUGGACGCCGGUUUUCACGCUGUCUCGUGUUGCUGGCGUGCUCCUGCCUGAUUGAUGCGGCUACCUUCGUGGCCGGAGUCUCUGUUCUUGAUGGAAGUUUCAGCACAGGCUCCAUAGUUUUCAUCGUUCUCGUCAGCAUCUACAUUGGCGUGAUGUGCUUUGUCAGUUGUCAACGCAUCUCCAGGUGCUCCGAGGUGCAGAGAAAUCAACAGGAGAUGCUGGAGAAGGUCUUGAGCGAGGCCUUCGACUCCUGGGCAUUCUUGGCCGCUUGCCUUCAAGUGCAUUGA